AGUCCCAACUCCUCUUUCUACUACAUUGCCUGCUGAAACACAGAUACAGAUUUGAGCUUCCUGGGAAGUACGAACAAACCAAGUUAAUGGCAUCUCUAGCAACCUUUGCUUCUGUGCAACCUGCUACCGUCAAGGGCCUUGGUGGUAGCUCCCUCACCGGAACAAAGCUCCAUGUCAAGCCAUCUCGCCAGAGCUUGAGACCCAAAAACAUGAGGAGUGGCGCUGUGGUAGCAAAGUAUGGCGAUAAGAGUGUGUACUUUGAUUUGGAAGAUUUGGGCAAUACCACUGGGCAGUGGGACUUGUACGGCUCAGAUGCACCUUCUCCAUACAACCCUCUCCAGAGCAAGUUUUUCGAGACAUUUGCAGCUCCAUUCACCAAGAGAGGAUUGUUACUCAAGUUCUUGAUAUUGGGAGGGGGCUCCACCCUAGCUUACCUGAGUGCUACAGCUUCUGGUGACAUUCUACCAAUCAAGAAGGGUCCUCAACUUCCGCCGAAGUUGGGGCCACGUGGGAAGAUCUAACUUAGCAUUUUCAUUGUAUGUAUCUUCUUUUAACAUUGUAAGUCUGUCUAAAGCAAACUUAGGAACUGAACUAAGACCCUGUUAAUAAUUCAAGUAUAUCUCCACUUUUUGUGCUA